AUGUCUGGUUAUAUGCACCCUCUUCUAGGGCAAGAACUGCAUCUACAGAGACCUGAAGAUUCCAGAACCCCACCUGAUCAAAAUAACAUGGAACUUAACAGAUCUGAAGCAGACGAUACAAAGGCCGAGACCACUCCCACCGGUGGAGCAACCAGCUCAGCCACCGCCUCUGGUUCUUCCUCCGGACGCCGUCCACGUGGUCGUCCUGCUGGUUCCAAAAACAAACCUAAACCCCCGACGAUUAUAACCAGAGAUAGUCCUAACGUCCUUAGAUCUCACGUUCUUGAAGUCACCUCCGGUUCGGACAUAUCCGAGGCUGUCUCUACCUAUGCAACUCGUCGUGGCUGCGGCGUUUGUAUUAUAAGCGGAACCGGUGCGGUCACUAACGUCACGAUACGCCAACCGGCAGCUCCGGCGGGUGGAGGUGUGAUUACUCUGCAUGGUAGGUUUGAGAUAUUGUCUUUGACCGGGACUGCGCUUCCGCCACCUGCGCCGCCGGGAGCAGGAGGUUUGACGGUGUAUCUAGCCGGGGGCCAAGGACAAGUGGUAGGAGGGAAUGUGGCUGGUUCGUUGAUUGCUUCGGGUCCGGUAGUGAUGAUGGCUGCCUCGUUUGCAAACGCAGUCUAUGAUAGGUUACCAAUUGAAGAGGAAGAAACUCCGCCGGCGAGAACCACCGGGGUGCAGCCGGCGGCAUCUCAGUCGUCGGAGGUUACGGGUGGUGGUGCCCAAGUGUGUGAUACAAACCUCGGAGGUAGAAACGAAGGAGGAGUCGCUUUCUAUAAUCUUGGAAUGAAUAUGAACAAUUUUCAAUUCUCAGGGGGAGAUAUUUUCGGUAUGAGCGGCGGUGGAGCCAGCGGGGGAGGCGGUGUUGCUAGACCCGCGUUUUAGCGUUUGGGCGUUUUGGUGACACUUUUUUGUGCGUUUAAAAUUGUCCUCAAAGUAGCUAUAGCGGUUGCGAUCUACAAUAUUAGGGUUUUUUUUUUUUUUUUACAAAAAAUUUGGUGUGUGAAAAGUGAAAACGAAAACGAAGGCUUAA